GCACACGUGAUGCAUGCGCAAUGCCGGGGCGUGCGCGAUCCCUGGCUGCAGGCCGCCGGAGAGGUUGCCAGGUCCCCACGGUGACUCUGAUCUGCUGAAAAGCGGCUUUUCCGCGCUCGCACGGAUUCGCCCGAGUUGCCAACACGAAUUCUUAUACCUUUCUUCAGCUGGUUGAUAUUUAAGAAAAUAAAAAGUGUAACUGCGAGAGCCGGGAAGUGGCCGGGUGAAGGCCGCAAAGCCUGGGCCUCGGGUCUGAUGUCAGGAGAGAGGCAAACCAGUUCCUUGCAUCACUGGUGGCUGAGGGCCGCCGGUCACAAGUAAACAUUUUGUUCUUGCGGUGCGGGCCAGUUCCUGAAGACUGAAGAUCUUUUGGAGUCGGUGUAUUAUUAGUAUAGGUGUGCAACAUCAACAUGUACAACAGUGCAGUGCCACCCCGGUGGCUGCACUGCCCGAGGAGAGGGCAACCCGUUGCAGGAAAAUUUUUACCUUUGAAAACUAUGUUGGGAUCCAGAUAUGAUGAUUACGUUCCUGAAGAGAAUCGAUUCCAUCCAAGUAUGCUGUCAAAUUAUUUAAAGAGUUUGAAGGUGAAAAUGGGACUCCUGGUUGAUUUAACAAACACAAGCAGGUUUUAUGAUAGGACUGAAAUAGAGAAAGAAGGAAUUAAAUAUGUUAAACUACAGUGCAAAGGACAUGCUGAGUGCCCCACUGAAGAAGUAACAAAAAUGUUCAUUCGAUUAUGUGAGCAUUUCAUAUUUCAGCACCCAAUGGAAUUAAUCGGAGUACACUGCACACAUGGCUUCAAUCGAACUGGAUUUCUUAUCUGUGCUUACUUGGUGGAGAAGAUGGAUUGGAGCAUUGAAGCAGCAGUGGCUACUUUUGCACAGGCGAGGCCUCCUGGUAUUUAUAAAGGGGAAUACCUGAAGGAACUUUUUUCUCGUUACGGUGAAUUAGAAGAUGCUCCUCCACCACCGGAAAGACCAGACUGGUGUUAUGAGGAUGGUGAUGAAAAUGUUGAUGAUGAUGGAUGCAAAAUUGGGAAUGACUCGGAACCUGGAUCUUCAGGCUCCAAUCCCAGCAAGAGGAGAAAAGAACGACUUAAGUUGGGAGCAGUUUUUCUGGAGGGAAUGCAAGUUAAAGGUGUGACACAAGUGACAAUACAACCGAAGUUGGGAGAGAUCCAAAGGAAAUGUCAGCAGUACUGUGGAUGGGAAAGGUCAGGAUUUCCUGGUGCACAGCCUGUUUCAAUGGACAAACAAAACAUAAAAUUUGUUGAGCAAAAGCCAUAUAAGGUCAGCUGGAAAGCGGAUGGGGUACGGUAUAUGAUGCUCAUUGAUGGCAAGAAUGAUGUGUUCAUGAUUGACCGAGACUUUGCAGUCUUUCAUGUGGCGAACCUGGAGUUUCCUCUUCGGAAGGAUCUUCGUCUUCAUCUGAGUAAUUCCUUACUUGAUGGGGAAAUGAUAAUUGACAAAGUAAAUGGACACCCUGUUCCUCGAUACUUGAUAUAUGACAUAGUAAAAUUUAAUGGAAAGCCAGUUGGUGAUUGUGACUUUAAUGUUCGAUUGAGCUGUAUUGAGAAGGAGAUAAUACAGCCACGACAUGAGAAAAUGAAGACUGGCCAGAUUGACAAAACUAGGGAGCCAUUUAGUGUCCGAAACAAGCCAUUCUUUGACAUCCAUGCUGCAAGAAAGCUGUUGGAGGGAAGCUUUGCUCGAGAAGUUAGCCAUGAAGUGGAUGGACUGAUUUUUCAACCAACUGGGAAGUACAAGCCUGGUCGAUGUGACGAUAUACUUAAGUGGAAACCUCCAAGUCAUAAUUCUGUUGACUUUCGUCUGAAAAUAACAAAAGUAGGAGGAGAAGGGUUACUCCCUCAGACUGUCGGACUACUGUAUGUUGGCAAUUAUGAACAACCCUUUGCUCAGAUGAAGGUAAACAAAGAACUGAGAGCAUAUGACAAUAAGAUCAUUGAAUGCAAGUUUGAGAACAAUAGUUGGGUUGUAAUGCGAGAAAGGCUGGACAAGAGUUACCCCAAUUCCUAUGACACAGCUAUGGCUGUCUGCAAUAGUAUCACUAAUCCAGUUACGAAGGAAUUCCUCUUCGAAUUCAUUGAAAGGAAUCAAGUGGCCGAAAGAGAAUCACGGAAAAGAUCACUGGAUAUGGACUCUGAGCUAAUGCCACCACCACCUCCGAAGCAACCAAGCUAUGCUUUGUAAGCAAUAGAUUUGUAGACAGUAUCUUUGUAAAAUGAUUCAAAUAUAGAAUCAUUGUUUUUGCAGGUCUGCAUAGGCUGACAUCUAAACUAUUUUCUCUGGGACAGAUGUUUGCAGAUUCUCUUGAACAUCAAUAGUUUUUUUCUCAAUUCAGCAAACUGUAUAAUUAAAUAAAAAUGUUCACCAACUAAGUGCAGUUAUUAAUUUUCUUUGCAUUUCCAAUAUUUUGGUUAAUUCGAAUUGUCUUUGGGCUCUUUCAUUACUGCACUCCAACUGUUAGUCCUCCUCCUAUACAGUGGAUUCCAGUUAAUUGGGGCACAUUGGCACAAGUACAUUUUGUCCAAUUAAUUAGCUGCCUCAGUUAGCCAAAGUUUCAUGAGCAUAGUUAAAAACAUAUAGAAAAAGACAAACUAGUAACAAAUUUUCUAUUUAAGUGUAAAUACAGAACAAAUUAGAACACUGACAAUACUACUACAGCACUAUAAAACUGUAGGCCUAAUUGUCGUCGAUAGAGGAAUUCAUCCAGUGUAUGUUGCCGUGUUCUUUUGAUUGACUCUAUUGGAACAAAAUCAGCCCAGACAUCUGGUGCAGAUAAUGGACUGCCUUCAUACAGUACAUUCAAAUUCUCCUAACUUGUUGAAGUAGUGAAAUCGUUUCGUUUUCACUCCCGGCUAUUUCUGGGAUCUCCAAGCCUGAAUGCUUAAAACUGCAGUGAGAAAAGCAGUUCUGAAUUGCCUUACUGCUUAUUUCUCACCAACUAUCAGUGUCAAAAGUCACUGCUUUUUCACGUUUUUACAGAUGUAAACGGCGCUAUUUAAAAACCUUUCACUCAAGCAGCACUGUGGUAUCUAAUGGCCACAAAAGUGCACCCGACUGACACUAGUUUAAAAAUAUUAGCAACAGUCUCUUGUCCCAAUUAAGCAGCAUAGUGUUCUAAAUAAACAAAGUGAAUCCCAGCAAUUUUCUCGAUCCGUUUUUGUUCUUUCAGAGUUGCCCCAAAUAAGCGGCUGCCCUGAUAAACUGAUGGCCCAAUUAACUGGAAUCCAGUGUAUUUACAAGAAAUUGCAAUUGUAUACAGUAAGUAUUCUGUGGAGAAAAAAAAAACACUUUAUUAUGCAAUUUAAUUCAACUUCCCCAAUCCUAUGGAGCUGUUUGCUUCCAAUCGUUUUUGCAGUUUGUUGUAAAUAUAAAACAGAUUAACUUAUCAUACAGUUUUUUAAGAGCUUUAUUUUUAAUAUAGUUUUAACCCACAGACAAUGCAGACCAAAAAAAAAUUAGGGUUCUUUGAGUACCGUUUCAUUUUAAAGAACGGAUGUGAACCAAAUUUGCGUUAAUGUAAGCCACUAAGCCCACCACCUUGCUCCAUCCACCAAGACUGUGUAUUUGCUUUAAUUUAAGACGUUAGCUGAAGUGCAUCCCUCACUCCGUAUACUUUCUUCUGACUCACUUAACUUUCAUGUUUUCUUUUUUAAGAUUAUGGAGGAGUUGAUGUAAACAUUUGCAAUAAGUGUCAAUAAAAAGACACCUCCUUCCUUUAAGAUGAAGUGUGUUGGAUUAUGCAAUUUUUAGGAAAACUUUGUCGCCUCUUUUUGUCUUGUUAAUUAAAAAUACAAAUGUUUCAAGUUUUU